UCUACAUAGCUCCCAACGCCUUCCAUUCAAACACCACCCCCAGCUUCCUCGAGAUGGCGGCGACCAUCCCCGCGAGGCUCAAGGAUGCUGACAUUGCCCAGUUCGCCCACCGCGCCGCCCAGCUUGAAAAGGUCAAGCCUAUUAUUACCUACUGGCUGAGGUUCUACAUAACCCAGAAGAUCAUAGGGAAGAACCUUCAUCUCGCCGAUCCAGAAUGCACCACCUAUACCACCGAUUUGAUGGAGAAGCUCGAGCAGACAAAAGCUGAACAUGCAAACGAAGAUGCUCUGUUAGACGAGGUCGCUGCAUAUGCAUACUGCGAGCAGUUUGCGUUAGAGACAUUUGCGAGGGCAGACAAUGCCGUCAGGGCGAACAAGGUGACAGCGCAGACUAUAGAUACCUUCCGCGCCGCGGCCACCUUCUUCGAGAUGUUGUCCAUCUGGAAGAACCCUUUGGAGCCCGAAAUUGCCUCCAAGCUGAAGUUCGCAAAGUACCAUGCCCUCCGCAUCGUUAAAGCCCUCAAGGCUGGCGAAGACCCCAAUCUCUCCAAUCCCAUUCAAGAAACGCCUCCACCUGCGACAUCUCCGCCUACGCUAGACCCGGAUGACCUAGAAGAUCGAAGAAUAAAUGAAGGCCGACCGCAACCACAAACACAGACACAGAACCCAUACCAGCCUUACGUCGAGUCCGCUCCCAAUACCUCUGCGCAGCCCUCCCCAACUUUCUCCCCUUCAAGGAUAUCUCCACCUCCGAAUCUCCCUCCAGCACCAACUGGUUACUCAACGCAACGAACGCCUCCUCCUCUCCAGUUUCCCUCGCAUCGAGACGUCUCCCCAAUUUCCCAGCCCGCCACUUCCCGGCAAGGCUCCGUCGAUUCUAUUGGAGGUGGGUAUUUCCCCAGGGUAAAUGUCCCAACUUUCACUGCGGAUAAUGCCUCUCCGGGGCUUCCCACUGCACCGUCGAGGGAUGACGAGCAGAUGACUGGCCCUUUUGAGAGCUCCACAAGGCCCCAAGCACCCCAAGUACCCCAUGCACCUGACCCACAAGCCUUCUACCAGAACCAAACGUCCCCUCCUCAGGUACAACAACCACCACAACAGCUUCCCCCUCCGAAUGUGUUUCAGAACCAACAGUCAUUAUUUUCGUCACCAGUGCGACCUCAACACCCCCAGCCUCCUCAGCAAACACAGACAUUUCAUCCUAGUCCUAUUUCACCACAAAAACACUACCAGUACUCUCCACAGCCACCUCAGUCUGUUCAAGCACCGCCACCUCCCCAGCAAUAUCCUCAGCCAAUGACAGGCGCCCCCCAGCAGCCGUCAUUUCAAGGUCCAUUUAGAAUGGAUGAAGAGUCCGUGAUGGAGGCGCAGAAACGUGCAAAAUGGGCUAUAUCAGCUUUGAAUUUUGAAGAUGUUAACACCGCAGUGAAAGAGCUGCGGUCAGCAUUGAGGGCGUUGGGAGCUAAUUAAGGGCUUAUUCCGAACGGAUCAGGGCCUGUACAAUACUUUCUUGAUGAUGUAUACUUGGGUUUUCAGGUCUUAAAUGUGCACAUGCUAG